AAGUCACAAACCAAUACCACCCCUUUAGUCCUCCACAGCGUCAGAUCAUCUGACUUUUCUUCUCUGCUGAAAUCUCUCUUUUCAUAUAUUUUUUGAUUUGGGCGCACUACGGUUUACUAAAGUGUCUAUCGGAAUCCCUCUACCUGAUUGUGUGUGGUUUGAUAUAAAUUAGGGUUGAGAUUUUUAAUUGAAUCUAAAAAUCCUCUUCUUCGUAUCAGAGAAUUUGAGUCUUCCGAUCGAGCAUGUCGAAGCAAAAAGAAGAAGCCACAAGUAGCCCACUGAAUUUGACGGGACUCAAUGAUGCUUUACCACGAGUACCAGAUGAGAUGGAUUACUAUACGCACCCAGUACCACCCUUCAGCUUUAAUGACUUUUUACCGUUGUACCACAACAUGGAAGGGCAAAGAUUUUUCUUCACCAACAACUCUGCUCGAUCCCUUAAAGAUUUCUUGCCCCCUGCAGAACCUUACAAUUACGAGCCCCCCUCCGAACCUCCUCAACCUUACUCUUGCUCCCAAAUUGCAGAGCUCCCCGAACCUCAAUUAUUCUCUCCCCCCUCUGAGGAAACUCACUUGCCCUUGUCACCAUCUACAGACGACCAACCUGAUUAUGACAAUUUCUCCGAAUCUCUUCUUGACAUGGAUGAACCACCUUACGAAUGGGGUUUUGGCUAUGAACCCCCUACACCCACCGCCUAUGUACCUAUGCCUUCUGGAGAUGAAAGGAUGUUUGGUAAAGUUGGACUUCAUUGCUACAAUCUGCAAAAUCGGACAAACCUUAAAUUUUUCUGUCAUGACGACGAUGAGUUAUUUUAUGAGCUUGUAAAAUUUUAUGCAACGGAUCCAACUCGCUGGUAUUCCACUUUUGAGUUCAUAACAAGGGUCGUUGAGUUUCGGAAUGAAGGCUACUUGACUUUCAUUACAACCCAAUGCACAUUAUUGCCAGAGGAGGAAGCCUUCCCAUGUGACGAGUUUGACAAACUUGCCGUCGAUGACUUCUUCAGAGGAGAUAUGCCCAACUCGAUGCCUGAGGAUACCACUGACAACCUGCAAUACUACGAGUUGAAAGAGUCAGAGGUGGAAGCAGAAAAGGAUUGGCUUCGUCUCUACUUGGAACUCGCAUUGCACACCAACUUCUUUUGUUUCCCGCGCUCAAUAGAAUGGGAUAGUCCAUAUGACCUUAAAAAGAUAAUUGUGCAAACCAGAGCAGAUGUGGAGCCUGAGAAGAAAGCCAAGGCGGAGAAUGCUAUCUUCUACAUCAGCUUCAAAAGCGGUGGCACCAAAGACUGCGAUGUUAUCAUAAGGAGAACAAUGGAUGGAAUGCCACAUCAUAUGUCGCUUGAAGUCAAGUGUUUGAUGUGAAGGCCACCAUUAUAUCUUUUUUAUUUUCAGUAUCUUAUCCCCCCCCCCCCCCCAUUAUGUAUUAAGUAUAUAUCUAAACUGUGCUAGUCAGGCAAAAGGAUGAUAACUUUUACAUAUAUAUACUCACUUACUUCGGAUCAAAUAUUGCAACGUUAAGGAUCACCAUUUUGUGGGGUUUAUUUCCUUA